AUGUCUACCGCUACCGCUACUAGAUCUUUAUUUGUGUGCGUUUUACCGCCACGUGACAAUCAUUGGUCAAAUAUCAAAAAGAUCCAGAUAUUUAGUCUGACUAUCGGAGAUUUGGCUGCUGAAUUCCCUGCAGAACCAGAAAAGGGACUACGUCAUUAUUUGGUUCUCGCUUAUAAUAAUCAACCAAGUGUGCUAUUAUUGGAAAAUAUCGAAUUGUUUUUCCCGAUAAAUAGUGAUAAUUCUUUACUUUCCUAUAAUUUUCGUGAAUUAUUAAAUAAUUGUUUAAAAGAAGAAGUGGCAAUUUUGGUUAUUGGAACUUCUAACGAUAUUGAUUCUAUAAAUCCAGUUGUUCGAUCAAGAUUUGAA